AUGGCCGCUCAAACUGGACCUACUCCUCCCAUCGCCUUCACUCGCCUGAAGCAGAUUGCGACCGAUGCCUGCCAGAGUGCCAUCGGCAGCGUCGAGUUCUACGAUCACGCGCUCACCGCGGAAUGGAACUCGUCCAUCAUUUCCUCCGUCCUGAAGGCCGUCAUUUCAGAGUCGACCCCGUCCGGCGCCGCCGCACCGAGCUUCAAGUUCGCGUGCAACUCGACGAUCGUGCAGCACCUCGUUCCCACGUCGUCGCUCAACAAGUCCAAGGGCACCGAGGCAUCCUCCGAGGAGCCUCACAUCUCGACCUCGACCGAGGCAGCACCCACCGCCACCGACGGCAAGCCCCACGUCGGCCGCCGCGGCAUGCACUCUUCGACCGGCGCGUUCUGGGACGAGAAGAAGGACGGCAUGUGGUCCUACAAAUACGACGGCGGCGAGGGCAAGGGCAUGGACGUGGUCAUCAUGCUCAUCUGGAUCGCCAUCUGA